AUGCUGCAUGAUAUGUCCCUGGACUCUGUAUCUCGGCAAAUACCUGACAAAGAUGUUGACAAUUACGACCAGAAGCUGAAGAAGGCACGGACACUCCGCCACUGUCAUCUAGGAGGUAAACAUUGGGGUUCAGUGUCAGGAAAGGGAGCGGGAGGAAAUGAACAUAUUCAGUACAGUGACCUGGACAGUGACCUGGACAGUGACCUGGACAGUGACCUGGACAGUGACCUGGACAGUGACCUGGACAGUGACCUGGACAGUGACCUGGACAGUGACCUGGACAGUGACCUGGACAGUGACCUAGACAGUGACCUAGACAGUGACCUGGACAGUGACCUGGACAGUGACCUGGACAGUUACCUGGACAGUGACCUAGACAGUGACCUGGACAGUGACCUGGACAGUGACCUGGACAGUGACCUGGACAGUGACCUGGACAGUGACCUGGACAGUGACCUGGACAGUGACCUGGACAGUGACCAACAGUCCCCAGCUUCAUCUGCAGCCGGAGGCAUAUGGACCUCCGCCACCAUCGUUGCAGGAAAGAGUGACGCAUCCAGAACCUCCCCGUCGACAUCGGAAGAUGCACAGUCGCUGAAAUCCCCCACAUCCGCUCAGGCAGAAGAGGAAUGGCGAGAAUGCUUAGGCACCGGCUGCACACCAUCAGAGCCAGAAGCAGAGCCAGAAACACAGGUAACACGGGCCGGACGCACAGAGGCUCGACGCAGAAUGGCAGCAGCUUCAACCAAACAGGGAACCGGGCCACACACAGCAGGAGGCCCAGCAGUCACCCCAGCAUCUACCACAGCUGUGACACAAGGCGAGGGCACAGAGACAGGCAUAGCUGCAGGAGAUGAAGAACAAGAAGACAUCGACGGAGCACAGAGACCACCCGGAAGACCCACGGGAGCAGCUAGGACAGCGACCGGAGCAAGAGGGCUACUCGACGCCACCGCAACUCCCGAAGGAGGGGCUGCAACAUCCAAAGGUGCGCCGGGCGAUGCAUGGGGAGCCGCAUCAGCACACAGGACGUCCACAACCUCACUUACGGAAUCCUCCUCUACAGGGAGCGGCGGGAAUUCCUCCUCACGGAAGAUGUUCAGGGGCACGACGGUAGGCACAGAGCACCCAGCAGUCUGA